GAAGAUGACGCUCGCCAAGCAGGUCUACCGACUGCUUUUACGCUGCAGCGCUACCUUCGCUCUCACGGUCGUGGUGGGUGCCUUGCUCUUCGAGCGAGCCUUCGACCAGAGCUCAGACUCCAUCUUCGAGUAAGUUAACAAGGAGAAACUCUGGAAGCACAUCAAGCACAAGUACGAAGAGCCACGUGAUGAGUGAAGCAGAAAUGGCUGGAUUCCUGAUGGACCUUCUGUGAUCUUCACUACAAGCUCUUCUUCUUGACCACCAACUGCUGUGGCAGAAAA